AGCGCGCGGGGCUGUCGGGGGUCUCGCGCCGCGUCUCCAGGCCGGCUUCCGGCUGUCCCCAGGAGAAGGCUCCCCGGCCCACCCCCACAGCCCGCUCCGAGUGUGCCGGACCCGAGUUCACAGCCCCCACCUGCGAGCGCUUCCUUCUGUAGGGGAUUCACGGCCCCGCGAGCGUGGCGCUUCAGCACACGGCAAACUCAGCCCAACUUGGGUCUGCUGUGAAGGGCUUCUAGUCUGCAAGGCUCUUCUGACCACAAGCGGUCUUGCUCUGUUUUUCCUGCUCCCCUGGAAGGGCCCGGCUGAGCCUGCAAAGCCACGGCCGUUUUGUUCUGCACGCUGGUGUGGUGAACGUCAUGCCCUUUCAGGUGUAAACAUCUCAAGGUGGCAGUUUAGAGGCACGCUCUCGCCCAGUGCUGUGAUGAUAGCUUUAGAAACGGCGUAUCCGCUGAAUAAGGCUGUCCCUGGAGCAACCUCAUUCUCCCCGAGCGCAUGCAGCCGUCUUGGAGACCUCGGCAUGCACCCGCCCUGGAAGAGAGCCAGAACUAGCUUUCCUUGGACAGCACCGAGGGCCUGUUUGUCAUGGAGGUGCCAAGGGGCAAAGAGCCUGAUUGGCUGGGCCAGUGGACUCUAGGUGCAAUGGGAGGCCAUUAGGGUAUUUUUAGUAGAGGAGUGAUUUGGUUGGAUUUAUGUUUUAAGAAGCUCACUCUUCAGCAAGGUGUGCAAUGGGCAAGAGUGCAGGGGGCCACUGCAGUGGUCCUGGAGAAAGAGGCAGGGGCUCGCAUUAGUGUGACAGCCCUCAGGCUGGGGCUGUGGCGUGGGUGAUUAAGGGAGAUGUCCAAGGCAGGAUUCAUAGGUCUUAGUGACCACCUGGAAGUAGAGGGUGAGGAUGAAGGGGGGGGAUCAAGAACUUCUAGAUUUCUAGCCUGAGCACCUGGGGGGAUAGGGGUCCUGGUUGAUGUGCUGCAGAAACAGGAGGUGGGCUGGAAGUGUAGGCUUGGGUUUUGCUCUCAUAGGUUCAAGCAGAACUGACGGUAGGCAAGUGGGUGUGAGAGCCAGGAGCUCAGGAGGAGCGGGGCUAGACGAUGCUCCUGGGAACAGGGACCGAACAGAUGGCUUACUGUCUGGAGUCUGGGAGGACAUCUCGGAGAAAGUAGGGGCAGAGAAGAAGAGACAGCUUGGAACCGAGCCUUAAGGAACCGCAGGUGCCUUGACAAGCAGACUUGAGAAGCAGCAGGCAGUGAGGGGAGAGGACAGCCGGAGCACGUGGAGCCGUGGAUGCCAGGAGGGGGGCUGUUGGGCACAGGGGAGCUGCCGUUCUGAUGCCGCUGUGUCAGGAAAGAGGCGCGCAGAGGAUGCCCGUGGGAGGUGACGACACGGAGGUGACACUGAUGCAAAGCGGCUUUGGGGCUGCAGACCUGCUAGGAAGCACGGGGGUGAUGCAAGAAACAGGAGGGAGGAAGUGGGGGAGCAGCUCUCGGAGGAGAUGGUCGGUGAAGCGCCCGGAGGGGAAGCAGUGCCCAGGGACAGUAUCUCAGAGGCGGCGGGCCUCCUCUCCCAGGCCUGUGCUGGUGGGAUCCUGCCUGCAGGGCUGGGGGAGGGGGGCCGUGGAUGCACUCAGGCACUGAGAGCAGCAGGGGUCGGGUCAGGGGGCUUCUGGUGGAGCCCCGGGCAAGGCCGCUGCUCAGAGGGACCUGGGUGUUUUGAGGAGAGCAGGAGGAAGGUCGACUCAUCUGGGGUGUGGAGAACUGAGCCUUGUAGAGAAGCAGUAUGGAAGACCCCCUUGAUACCUGCCUUUGUGAAUUUAAAGGGAAACCGUUUUCUAGACCAACAUUUCAUUGUUGCACAGAGGUGGUGGGAUUCGUCCAGAGUUGGGGGAGCGGUGCAGUUUGCCAAUCAAGGAAGGUGGGUGGAGAUAGGGAGCCCAGAAGCCAAGCUGGACGGGCUGAUGUGCAACCUGGAGGGGCUGACGGGUACCGGCCGCAAGAGGAAAUCUGCGCCACGCCCCGGCUGUUUGCAGGUAGCCCGCAGGAAGGGCAGGUGAAGCAAGGGCUGCUGGGAGACUGUUGGUUCCUGUGUGCGUGUGCCGCCCUGCAGAAGAGCCGCCACCUCCUGGACCAGGUCUUCCCUCCAGGACAGCCGAACUGGCUCGACCAGACGUACCGGGGCUCCUUCACCUGUCGAGUCUGGCAGUUUGGACGCUGGGUGGAGGUGACCAUAGAUGACCGUCUGCCUUGUCUUGCAGGGAGACUCUGCUUCUCCCGGUGCCAGAGAGAGGAUGUGUUCUGGCUCCCCUUACUGGAGAAGGUCUAUGCCAAGGUCCACGGCUCCUAUGAACAGCUGUGGGCGGGGCAGGUGGCAGACGCCCUGGUGGACCUCACUGGCGGCCUGGCCGAAAGGUGGAACCUGAAGGACGUGGCCGGAACCAGUGGCCAGCAGGACAGGCCCCGUGGCACGGAACGCAGGACUUGCCGGCAUCUGCUCAGCUUGAAGGACCGCUGUCUGCUGAGCUGCUCGGUGCUCGGCCCCAGGACAGGGACCCGGGAGCUGGGCGAGUUUCACGCUUUUAUCGUGUCGGAUCUGCGAGAGCUCCAGGAUCGGGCCGGCCGGAGCGUCCUGCUGCUGCGCAUUCAGAACCCCUGGGGCCGGCGGUGCUGGCAGGGGCCCUGGAGGGAGGGGGGUGAAGGGUGGAGCCAGGUGGAGCCGGCGGUCCAGGUGGAGCUGCUGUCUCAGCUGCAGGAUGGGGAGUUCUGGGUGGAGGAGGACGAGUUUCUGCGGGAGUUUGACGAGGUCACCAUUGGCUUCCCCAGCACGGAGGCUGGCCACCUGCAGAGCCUGCACUCAGGAAAGGUGCUAUGCCACACUCAGGAGCUGCCCGGGGCCUGGGUCAAGGGCCAGUCGGCGGGAGGCUGUCGGAACAACAGCGGCUUCCCCAGCAACCCCAAGUUCUGGCUGCGGGUCUGCGAGCCCAGCGAGGUGUACGUGGGUGUCCUGCAGAGGCCCCGGGUGCGUGCAGCCGGCCGCCCUGGCAGAGACUACCAGGCCGUGGGCCUGCACCUCUGGAAGGUGGAGAAGCGGCGGGUCAACCUGCCCAGGGCCCUGUCUGCGCCGCCGGUGGCGGGCACCGCAUGCCAUGCCUAUGACCGCGAGGUGCACCUGCGCUGUGAGCUCGGCCCGGGCUUCUACCUGGCCGUGCCCAGCACCUUCCUGAAGGACGUGCCGGGGCAGUUCCUGCUCCGGGUCUUCUCCACCGGGAGAGUCGCGCUCAGCGCCGUCCAGCCGGCCGCCCCGGGCCCCGCCCCCCGGGAGGUCCCGCCGGCGGGCGAGUGGGAGACCGUGCGGCUGCGGGGCUCCUGGAGAGUCGGCCGGACCGCGGGGGGCAGCCGCAACUUCGCCUCCUACCCCAGCAACCCCCGCUUCCCCCUGUCGGUGCCGGAGGGCGCGGGCCCGCGCUGCGUGCGCAUUUCCCUCCGCCAGCACUGCGGCGACCGCCAGUGCCUCCCCAUCGGCUUCCACGUCUUCCAGGUUCCAGCGGACAGCAGGGGCCAGGACGCGCCCUCCCUGCUGCUGCAGGAGCCUCUGCUGAGCUGCGUGCCGCACUGCUACGCCCAGGAGGUGAGCCGGCUCUGCCACCUGCCCGCCGGUGCCUACCACAUCGUGCCCUCCACCUACCUGCCGGACACAGAGGGCGCCUUCACAGUGACCGUGGAGACCAGAAUCGACAGGCGCUCCAUUCACAGCCAGGAGAUGCUGGGGCAGCAACUCCAGGAGGCCUCCUUCAUGGCAGUGAUGAAAGCCUGAGCGGCUGACCCUGUGUGCGGGCUCUGGUGACCCACGGCGGCCGGCCUGUGUGCAUCCUAGAAGCAGCAGUCCUGGGGUCCAGUGGGAGUCGCGGGAAGAGCCCAGACGGGCACCGGGGUCCUCGUGACUGAGCCUCUGGAAUCUCCACGCGGUCUCUCCGCUGUCCUGGAGACAGGCCGUACAGCAGAGGAGCGCGUCGAGACAGAUCCUGUUUGAACUAUUUGUUAGAAACGUUUUUAGGAUCACGUUUAUAAAUAAACACGAGUAUCAAGCAGCG